GAGAGUCAUUCACUACUCCAGUACCAGUCGCACGCAGUUGAGUUGCUUAUUCAGAAACAUACACCCACAUUCAACGCAAGACCAUACGAUUAUUGGAUCUACCGGACGGAGCAGGAUAUUAUACUAGAAACGAAUCACAGCGGAAAGUGUCGACAUAAUAUUUGAGAUCCGAUAUACGUUACUGCCAUAAUCUCGUGGCGGGAAGCACCUUCGCAAUGGCCGUGAGUUUAGUCGUGGAGUCGGCAAUAUGGUUCGGCAUUACAAUUUUGGUGGUGAUAGCCAGAAUCGUUUGUCGCAAGAUACUCUUGGGUUCCUUCAAGAAAUUCCAAACCGAUGAUAUCUUGAUGCUUAUAGCGGUGGUGACGGACACUAUAUUCCUCGUCACGAUGAAUAUACUACACACUACAAACACGAAUCUCAUUGAUCCCCAAAACCCUCCCAUACUCACACCUCAGGAAAUCGACUCGAGAGUGUAUGGGUCCAAGCUGGUCCUGGUUGUGGAACAGAUGCAGAUUGCGACCACAUGGCUAGUAAAGGGAUGUCUUUUGAUUAUGUACAGCCGUUUAACUGGAUUCAACAAAAUCCAAGCGAUGGGUGUGAAGAUUGUUGCAGCUUAUACGGUGCUCAGUUUCGUUGUGAUGGAGAUUUUAUACCUUGGUGUUUGGUGCAGACCCUUCACUGAGUACUGGGCAGUGCCACCUAAGAGCACCCAAUGCUCAGCCGCGACAAACCAUCUUAUUACCAACGCAGUCUUGAACAUCUCUUCUGAUCUGUUCAUCCUCAUAAUACCACUCCCUAUUUUCGCCCAAAUCAACAUAGCCUUCAGGAAGAAGGUCGUACUUUGUGGCGUUUUCGCGCUCGGUAGUUUCACUAUCGGCGCCGCUAUCGCAAACAAAUACUACAGUUUCACGUCGCCGUUUGCCAGUACCUGGGCAUACUGGUACAUCCGCGAGUCAUCCACGGCGCUCAUCGUCUCGAACAUCCCUUUCCUGUGGACGUCGGUGCGCUUCGCCCUAAGACUGACAUCAUCCCGCGGAGCAACAUCGGGGAAGACGGACGGGGCCGGCGGUCUCUCAUACGGGCACAACGCGAAGAGCGUCAACCACAACACCAUAAUUUCCCGAGGGCCCCGAGGAGGAGGCGGCGAUGACGUCAACGACUUCAGCCCACUGGGCAGCCAGGAGGACGUCAAGUACUACAACGACAGCGUGCCACUGAAGAUAUACAAGCACUCGGAAAUCCACGUUACGACGGAAACCAACGAUGCCGCGUCGAUACACUCGCGGCCAAGCAAAGAUCAUGUUUACUUUGAUAUAUAAACAUAGAUAUUAGACGAUAGAGAGUAUACAUCUUAAUUUAAUUUUCGUAUUUUUUCU